AUGGCAAGAUUAAUAGGAAAUGGUAAUAUUAAAUUGAGAAAUCCUCUUUUAAAACUAUCUUAACCAACUAAUACAAUAUCCAAAUUAAUUGCAUUCAAAGUAGUUUUUAUAGAUGAUAUUUCAAAUCAUUACACUAUCAACUGUAAGAAAGUUAAUUGUUUUUAUACUUAAGGAAAAUAAAUUAAGAUAGAGAAAUUGAUGGAAAAAGAGUUAAAUCAAUAUUCUGAUUUAAAUCAACUAAAAAACUCAAAAUUUUAUUUUUAUGAUUUAAAUGGUAAUUAGAUUACUAUGUAUGAUUAAUGUAUUGAAACUUAUCUUGUUAGUACAAAAGAUAAUAAUUAAUGGUUAUAUGAUAAAAAAUAUGAAAAAUUAUUAUUCUAAAUUAUAUAAAUGGAUACUAGUUUUAUAAGCAAUAAUAUUUCAGAUGAUAAAUCAAGAAAACAAUCAUUAUUGAAUUCAAAUCAACAUAUUAACAAUAAUAAUCCUUAUGAUCAUUUAAUACCCUAAAGUAGUUUUAGAUCUAGAAUACUAUAAAAAGGUAUAUAAGAUUUAGAAAAUGUUUAUGAUAAUUUCAAAAUGACUAGUCGCUAAAAUUCUGAUCCUUUCAUUAUUACAAAUUGUAAAUUCAAAACAACUCAUUAAUCAUUCAGUUCAUAAAAUAAACCAUCAAACUUAUCCUAUAAUAAUAAAACUAAUAUUCCUAAUUCUACUCCUAGACAUUAUUUAACUGAACAAGAAUAAUAUUUUAUAGAUAAUAUGCAAAAAUGUUAAGAUGAAUUAGACAAUUUCAUUAAUAAACUCAAAUCAAAUCUAUCAAAAGAAAAUGAAGAAAUUGAAAAAAUAAUACGUUUUUAUGAAAAUGUUUUAUAUCCAACACCUAAAAGUAGAGCACUUGAAAUGAAAUAAAUAUCUACAUCAAGUUUAAUAAGUACUAAAUUAACUAAAAUAUUGGGAAAAUAAUUCCCACCAGACUCUAAAACACCUAAAGCUUAUGUACCAUAAGAAAAGAAAAUGUUACAUAAAAUACCACCUUUAUUACAUUUAAAUAUUCCUUCUUUAUAAGCUAAAUAUAGAUUGAAUAGAAGUUAAUUAUAUGCUUUUUUCUCACUUUAUAAAGUAUUACAUCUUAUUUCAGGAUAUAUGAAAAUAAAAAGUAAAUAAUUAUAAGUCCAAGGAAUAACUUAUGAAGUUUAUAGAAAUGGAAUUGAAACAAUCUAAGAUUAAGCAGAAAAUAUGGCAAGAGGAAUCUUUGAUAUAAUAGAUAGUCGUUGUUCUGGUUUUUUGGAUUGGGGAUAAUUUUUAUAUUUAAUGAGUUCUGUAUAAGCUAAAACAAGGGAUUAAAGAAUAGAUUUAUUUAUCAAAAUUGCAGAUUCUAAUAAGGAUGGUUAAUUAUCAUAUUAAGAGGUUGUAAAAUUAAGUUAAUAAACAUUACAAAAGUUUAUAAAAAAUGGAAAUAGAGAAUUUUUGGAUGAAAUGUCUUAAUUUUUCUCAAAAAUCAUUUUUGAUUCUGUAGGAAUAGAUUAUCAAUAAGAAAUUUAAUUUAAUUAAUUAAAAGAAGUAAUAAAUUAAGGACAUCCUAAUUCAGAUUUAUUGUGUAUGUUUUGUGGUGCAGACUCUUGA